UACUACUCUUCCAUUCCAUCAUCUCCACAAACAACUACCUUCACUUUCCAAGUUUCAUCCUACAAAAACAAACUCACUGAAGCAGAGCAAAAACAGAGCAAUUUUCUUUUCAUCCAUAUAAGAAGGAUAAAAAGAGAUGGCUGAGAAGACCCACCAAGCGUACCCUACAGCCCCAGCAAACGGUUAUGCAAGAAGCGAUGGAGAGUCUUUGGUAUCCGAAGAUGAGCUCAAGCGCAAGAAGAGAAUCAAAUUGUUUACCUACAUUGGUAUUUUCAUUGUGUUUCAGAUCAUAGUGAUGACCGUGUUUGGUCUUACUGUGAUGAAGGUUAAAACUCCAAAGGCCAGAUGGGGAGACAUUAGUGUUGAAACCCUCAACUCUGUUCCUGCAACACCUUCUUUUGAUACAACCUUUGAAGCCCAGAUAAGGAUCAAGAACACAAACUGGGGUCCUUACAAAUUCAAUGCAGGCACUGCCACAUUUUUGUACCAAGGCACAACUAUUGGGCAAGUUGUUAUUCCAAAAGGCAAGGCUGGCAUGCGUUCCACCAAGAAAAUCGAUGUUGAGGUGAGUUUGAAUACUAAUGCAUUGCCAAACAGUUCCAAUCUUGGAAGUGAAUUGAGUAGCGGGGUGUUGACGCUUACCAGCCAAGUUCAAUUGAAAGGAAAAGUUGAGUUGAUGCUUAUAAUGAAGAAAAAUAAGAAUGCCUCUAUGGACUGCACAAUAGCAUUUGAUUUGUCAUCCAAGACAGUCAAAACCCUACAGUGCAAGUGAUCAUCAAGCCGGUAUACGGAUUGCCUGAUGAAGACUAGUUCUAGUUUAUUUAUUUAUUUAUUUUUUCUAUGUGAAUUUAAAUAUUUUGUUCUUUGUUAAUGUCAGACCCCUUGGGGCUUGAACAUGUUGUCUAGGCAUAAUUCAUGAGUAUAUAUAUAAUAAUGUCCUUGAACUCAUUAAAUUGAA